AAACACUAGCCAUCGGCUCGGAUGGCGAUCAUUUGAGCGUUUGGAGCUGUUAGAGCCACUUGCAGUCGUGCGCAGGCAUCGCCAGGGCACACCGUAGCACUAGUAGUAGCACCAGCACCAGCACCGAGCUACGACGCCACUCAGCAGGGUAAAGCCAGGACGCCAAAGAGUCGUCGCCCGGUGUCGAACGCCAUCACGCCAAAGGGUCUAAUUCCGCAGGUAGCAGUAGCAGCACCACCACCAUAGCACAGCAAUCAAACGCUUCAGGCCCCAGUCCAGUGAUGCAGCUGUACCGCAGUUGGAGUAGCGCCACGGCGCUCACCGCCCUAGUCGUCCUGGUGUGCGCCACGACGCUGGCGCUGGCGGCACCGAACGUGCGCGUCAAGCGUGGCGAGGCUGGCGACACCGCGGUCAUCACCGGAGCCGAGACGCUCGCCAACCCGCUCACAUCCGAGGCGAGCAAACAGUCGGCCCAGGCGGUCAAGGACGCGAUCCACCCGACGAGGCCCCCCAUCCCGGUGACCACCGAUGACACGCCGGACCUGGACCGCCAGAAGGUGUCGCUGCAGGUCCCGGACGAGCUGUUCGGCAGCUCCUUCACACUGGUCACCAACAUUUCCGGUCGUAUCGGGAACCUGAUUAUGGGCACCGCCCGGAGGGCGGGAGAAUUCUUCUGGGUGUUGCAGCCCCUGUUCGGGAAGCACCUCACGAUCGAGAUACCGAGCACCACGACCACGACCACGACGCAGCGCACCACCACCACCACCACCACGACGACAGCACGGCGCCAAACGGUGACCGAGGGCAAGGGCGGUGAGCAGGCGCUGGUGCUGGACUUACUGUCCGGGGCGACCGAUGCGAAUGAGGUCUAGAACGAACGACCGCGACCUGAGCGGCAUCUGACCCGAUAUUUAUUUAACUGUCACUCACUUACUCACCCCCGUUACACACCCGUUACACACUACGUUAAUCGCUUAGUUUUGGAAGGCUUUUGGAAUGUUGGC